AAGAAUUAUAUUUGAUAGAUAUUAAUUAGAAAUAAAAAAAAGUAAACAGGUUAAACAAUCUCUCGCUUUUGUUGGUGCUAGGCGUCAUUCACCUUGUUAGAUGACUAUGGAGAUAUUUCUUUCGCUUUUGUUGGUGCUAGGCGUCAUUCAUCUUGUUCAAGCACAGAGCCAACGAGGGUUUAUUAGUUUGGACUGCGGACUACCUGCGAAUGAGCCGUCUUCAUACACUGAGCCGAACACUGGACUGGAGUUCACUUCUGACGCAGGGUUCAUCCAAAGCGGAGAAAUUGGUAAAAGUAAAACAAUACCACGUAUAGGAUAUGGAUAUCCCUUGAAGCCGUACACGACGCUGAGAUUUUUUCCAGAAGGAACACGGAACUGCUACAAUCUACCCGUCGACAAGGGAAGGAAGUAUUUGAUCAAGGCUUGGUUUAGAUACGGAAAUUAUGAUGGUCGUGACAUUAAACCCAGAUUUGAUCUGUAUCUUGGACCAAAUCUAUGGGCCACGGUGGAUAUGCAAGACGAAGAUAGUACAAGCGAAGAGAUCUUACAUGUCCCAACAUCAGACUCGCUGCAGAUUUGUCUUGUUAAGAAUGGGACAACUACACCGUUCAUAUCAUCUUUGGAACUACGGCCGUUGGGAAACAAUUCUUCUAUCGCCCAGGAUGAUUCUCUCAAGCUUAUACGUCGAAUAUAUUUUACCGAGUCAGAGAACUACAUAAGGUACCCGGACGAUGCAUACGAUCGGCUGUGGAGUCCGCUUUCUUCGUCGAGUUUGACCCACAUAUCAACCACUAGAGAUGUUUCAAAUAGUGGAAGUUACAAUGUACCAAAAGCCGUGCGACAAAAUGCUGCCAGGCCAACUAAUGCUAGUGAGCCAUUGACGAUUGAAUGGACUCGAGAAAGUCCUAGUGACUAUAGCUGUAAACUGGGCGAGUCCACGUCCAUUAGCCCGUAUCCAUUUGUCCAUUUAUUGUUUGUGGACAAAGAGUGACCAUGUCCAUUAUAACCAUGUCCAUUAAGAACCAUAUCCACUAAAACCCAUAUUUUUAUGGGCUGCCAUAUAGUCCAUAAUAGAC